AUGGAGCGUGUUCGAGACGAUAAUAAAAGCCUUCAACGCCCUGGCCAAAAGCGCAAGCUUACUGAGGAAUACCGGGAUCAUAUAUAUGAUCGAAUUCAUACAGAUCAUCACGUUACGUACGACACUCUUAUCAAUGAAAUCGAUGAAGCUGUAUUAAAGCGUUCUAUUCAGAACCUCACACGAGAAUGGGGCAAGCGCAAAUGGAGACAAAAACGCAGGCCAGAGAUCAAGCCAGAACACGCAGUUAAGCGCCUUGCCUGGGCCCGAGAAUAUGAAUUUAUGACACCCGAGGACUGGGCUUGUGUUAAAUGGAGCGAUGAAUGCACAGUUGAACGAGGUGUUGGUAAACGCCCAAUCUGGACAUGGCUUAGGCCUCAGGAACAGCUUCAGCAACAUGAUCUUCACCUUGUACGCUGUGGUAAAGGGGUUAAACGGAUGUUUUGGGCUGCUUUUGGGGAGCAGACUAGAACUGGUCUUAUUCCUCUAGAUGGUGAUCCCUAUUCAGCUGGAGGGGGGGUCACAGGCAAAAUUAUCGCUGAUUUAUAUCGAGCCUUUCUACCAGAGAUUGUUCAUCCUGGGGAUAUCUUUAUGCAUGAUAAUGCCUCUGUCCACACAUCUCAUAUUCUACGUGAUAUAUUAAGAGAUAUGGGCAUUCAAGUUAUGGUAUGGCCGCCUUAUUCGCCUGAUCUGAACCCUAUCGAGAAUCUAUGGGCCUUGAUGAAAGAGGAGAUAUAUAAGCUUUAUCCUGAGCUAGAACACGCCAAUGAUACUGAGUUAACACGUCAGCUCCUUAUACAGGCAGCUAAGGAGGCUUGGCAGGCUAUAGAACAGAGGAUUCUAGUACGCCUAUCCCAAACCAUGCCUCACCGUGUAAAGGCUGUCAUCGAGUCCCAGGGCUGGUAUACUAAAUACUAG